CAAGAGAGGCUUUGAACAGCUAUGGCUCUCUGUAACUUUCUCCAAGGCAAUAUUCCUUGGCAAUGGUCUUGUUGCUAUUGUAGCAGGCUUGUUUGGAAAUUUUCUGGUUGAUUCUAUGAAUUUGGGGCCUGUAUCUCCAUUCGAUGCUGCUGCCAUAUUUCUAGCUAUUGGAAUGGCUGAAAUAUUAUCAUCAUGAAGUGAGAACUAUGGCGACCCUUCAGAGAGCAAGGACUUGCUCACUCAAUUUAAGGGUGCAGCUGUAGCAAUUGCUUCAGAUGAGAAGAUAGCAUUGCUUGGUGCUAUACAAUCUCUGUUUGAAGGUUCGAUGUAUACAUUUGUGUUCCUCUGGACACCUGCCCUGAGCCCGAAUGAUGAAGAUAUUCCACAUGGUUUUAUCUUUGCUACUUUCAUGUUGGCUUCAAUGUUGGGAAGCUCAAUUGCAUCUCGCUUGUUGGUGCGCAACACAGUUAAAGUGGAGAGCUAUAUGCAGAUUGUUUUCGUCAUUUCUUCUGCCUCUCUGUUACUUCCCAUACUGACAAAUUUCUUAGUACCAGCAGAUCCAAAGAAGAAAGGCGGCAGCAUUUCAUUUGCAGGCUGUCUCCAGCUUCUUGGCUUUUGCACUUUUGAAGGCUGUGUUGGUCUUUUCUGGCCGUCCAUUAUGAAGAUGAGAUCUCAAUACAUACCUGAGGAGGCUCGAAGCACCAUCAUGAACUUCUUCCGGAUCCCACUCAACAUCUUUGUCUGUAUUGUUCUAUAUAAUGUGAACGCGUUCCCCAUCACGGUUAUGUUUGGCAUGUGCUCCAUCUUCCUCUUUGUGGCCUCCAUCUUGCAGCGACGACUUGCAGCAAUUGGAGAGAAGCCAAAAACCGAAGAUUGGGCUAUGAUGAAGGAAAGAACCAGUGAGGCCUUUUAAGGGGUGAG